AUGGAGCAGAGGCUGGGGAAGACAACCCGCGCCCGGAGGAACCUCUUUGGCCCCGUAGACCAUGAGCAGCUGUGGCAGGACUUCCAGCACAUGCUGCGCCACAGUGUUGAGGGGGCCCAGCAGAAGUGGAACUUCGAUUUCCUCCGGGAUGUGCCGAUGGAGGGGCUUCUGCAGUGGGAAGAGCUUGAGGGCCACAAGGUGCCCGCCUUCUACCACAGCUGCAUGGUGGGAGAUGCUCAGAGACCACUGCAGCACUUGAACGGGUCACUGAGCAGGGAGGACAAGAGUCACCACUUUGCCCAGGUGGCACUGACUGAGAAACCCAAAACUUCUGAGAAAACAGGAGGCAAGAGGAUCUCAGAAGGGAAGGAAAGAAGACAGACAGCUUUGACAGAUUACUACUCGGCAAAGAAGCAGGUCAAAAUGAAUAUGCAUGCUGCUGCGAAGAAGUCAGCUUCUUGAAAGCAAGGAGAGGAUUGCUCUGCACUGGAGAGCUUGGAAACAUCUGCCAAGCUUCCUCAACCUUCAAAAACCGGGUGUGCAGGCUGCAGACACUUAGGGGCAUCCCACAAAGACGUAUUCCUGACAGCAGCAGUGAAAACAGAAAAUACUUUCAUUGCGAUGGGGUCAGGCCAAAUCAACUGGAAUCACUUUGAUGAGAAAUUACUGGCCUUAAAAACCACUGGUAAGCAAGUUUGGACACUACAGAAAUUGGCUAAGGCUAGCAGUUUAACGUGCACCGUACGUGAGAAAGUGGUAAACAGUUAAAACAACUGUAUACGUGUAAUAAUGUGCUUGGACAAGUCACUGUACAGUUGGGGUCUUUGAUGUUGUCACGUCUUUACAUACCCUCUUUUUUGGUUUUAGCAGGGACGGCUUACUAAGUUUCACCAUCUCAGCUUUACAGGUCUGACACACUAAAAAAAAUUCCUAGCCCUUUCUGUGAUUUUUUUUUUUUCAGGUACAGAAUUUUGUGCUUGCAACUAUUCAGGGCAUAAGUGACAGCGCUUGGGUGCCAAACGUAUAUAUUGCUGGGCUGUAAACGGAGACAGCUGAAAUUAUUUGGGAAAGUUUCCAUUUAUAUCAGCAGCCAUUUUAGCCCUGUAUAUCUGCCCCCUCCGCAAGAAUUAGGUGGUUAAACUUAUAUGUUAUGGGGAGAAAUUUUCAGAUAUAUUCUUGUAUCUUUCAAGUCAUUCCUGUUACCAGCUGGGCCAAAUCCAGCCUGUAUUUUGGGUUGUGCUGUUCCAUCUAGGUCUAUGAGUUUUCAGGGUGAAAAGGAAGGUAAAAUUUGCUGUGCUUUUGUCCACAGUGUUUUAAAAUGCCUGCUGGUUGUAAGAACAUAGUAAGAAUGAGGGAGACAGUUUAGUUGCCAUUUUGUGCUUUUUAUUUAUACUACUAAUCUUUCUAUAAGAAGAGAAAGGGCAUUAAUAACACUGAAAUGUUACACGUGCAACAGUCUUGGUGUUGCAUGGACUGCUUUUCCAUGGCAUCUGUUAACAUAUACUUUUCCAUUACCUACUUUUUAUUUCCCUUUCUUAUUCCCCUGACUAGUUGGGAUAAUUGAGGUUUUACAGCACAUAAUAAUCAGCGGGUAAACCAGAAAAAGAAACCUAUAAAAUAUAUGCUCUAAAUUACACUGCUGCAUAUGGCCUUAAGAUGCACGCAGUGUUUAAUGAACUCGUUUGGAAAGAGCUCUGUAAAUGUCAGGGGUUUAGAACGACAUGAGAUGAUGGACUGCUGCUUUUUAUGUCAAAUCCAAACAAACUAAGGUUUCUUUUGCAUGGUAAAAAUCAGCGUGCUCGUGUGUGUGUGUCAGGUGUACACACGAGAAGUGGUGUAAGCAAGUCAUACACCCUGCAUUACAUGCAACUUCAGGAGGGUUUAGUGCAUUUCUUUUUUCCCAUUAAGAGCUACAAGUGUUUAGACAUAAAUAAUAGUUGAUUUUCCCCCAAAUGGCACAAGGCAGUGAUUUCACUCUGUUUCUGUAUGCUGAGAUAAAGAUGCUCAGCAAAUUGCAGGAUCAGAGCCUGUUUCCAGCUACAUACAAGAGUCACGAGGUACGAUUUUCCCUCUGGAAUUUUUUAUUUAGUUAGGAACAAACCUUGCUCCAGCUGAUGUCAAAGGGAGUUUUACCCAAAUGAAGCAGGAUGAGGGCCAACCUGGCAACUGCUGCUCGCAGAGCCUUCAGUGUGCUUGUGGGCCAGGCCAGUCUGUUACACGCUUUUCAGCCUGUUGUGUUGUAGCAUAAAGGUGUGGGACUGGGCUUUUUGUAUGUUUGGUUUUAUUUUUAAACUUUGCUUGUGAUGAGAACAGUCUAUUCUUCUUUUUUUAAGUGUGGUGAUUUUCUCUAAUUAAGAAAAAUUGCGCAACUGUCUCUCCAUGUGUUAGUGAUUUUAAAGCAGACCAAUGACACCGUGCACCUUUUUGGUUUGUAGCAAGGUUACUUGCAGAAUUACUUUCUGACCAGGAUGGCACAAGCUGUGCAUAAAAGCCCUGAAGUCUGCCAUGCAUGAGGUUAUCGUGAAGUAGCUGAGUCUUUUUCUUUCAAGGGGAAAAGGGAUGCUUCUCUUUAUUAGGAGAAAGAAUGACUGUCAAUGUACUGCUGUCCCAAAGAAACAAGGAAGGAUCUUUUUUUUUUUCAUACUAAUUCCAAAACAGCUUAGUGCUUAAGCGUACAUUUAAAAGGAAGUAUCUGCCUUAAAUGCUUUGUAAUCAGGACACUAUAAUGUCAUAGGAAUUCGUAAAACAAUUAUUUAAAUUAUCAGUAACAGGUUUUGGAUACCAAUGCAGAUAUUGGCCUUAGAGUGGAACUUCGAUAUAUUCAGACUGAAAGGUGGAGACUGUGGUUGAACAUUUGGCCUGUCCGUGUUUAUAGCAUCUUAAUUAGCUGUGAUUGUGACUGGGAGCUCAACGCUAGGGUAGAAAAGAGUUUUCUGCUGAUUAGACAACGUGAUGUCUUUCUGCUUGCUGAUUAUACAUUUGUUAAUGUUUUUUGAAAUGAUGGAAUAUUGGAGAUGAAGAUAACACAGUAACACAGAAGAAGGCGGAGGAGAGGGAAAUACUGUUUUCAUACCGGUGUUUGAAAUGGGAAAUUUAUAUACUUGUAGCAGAGGGCCUAAUCCUCCCCUGGUGUACACUGUAUUACAGCUCCACUGAUCCGUGGUGGAACCACCUUUAUUUACACCAGAGGAGAAGUGAGGCUGGAUGUUUUGUACUAGUCCUUUUACUCUACAGAAUAAAUGGACAACUGUGUAAAGCCAUUGCUUCCUUUCUACAGGAGUUUUAAAAGAUAAAGAAAAAUGGUUUCUGCUAUAUUUUUGUGUGUGUGACAGCCAAAACUAACAACAAACCUCUGAUUAGUGUCUGAGCUUCAUCAUCACCAGGGUAGAUAAAGUAUAUCUGUGUUUCAUUACCAUGCUGAUGAGGAAACAGUGAAACAUGGAAUAUUUCAUCAUUUUGCUCAACUUGUGAAUUGCACUUUCUUGUUUAACACGGUAUGCACAAGAGUAUAUGUCAGUAUGUAGCAAAGCUGUAAUAAUAAUAUUUUUUUAAUAGUAGGUGGGUCGAAAAUAUUCCCAUUCUUUAAAUGAGGCAGCAGACCUGAUUGAAAAAGCAAUACACUGAAGCUUUGGUCUGCUUCGUUCCUUGGGCAUAAACAGUGUGUUGAACGUACCAGAUUUAAUCCUGUAACAAAGCUGUUAAGGGCUUAUUUGCUGACCCGUGAGUUUGAUGGGCUGCAGGGGUCUGUGGCCACCCAACCAAACCCCAAAGUGGCACUUUCUCAUGAUGAGAAGCAAGGGGAUGUGUUCAGACUUUGGGCAUUAAAGCCAGGGUAGCAGCACUGGUUUAAGGUCUUGUGUGGCUGUGUAAGCAGUACAAGGCAGAAGGGAGACUGCAUCAGGAACCCACGGCAUAUUGUAACUUUGGUAUGCUGAUAAGUAGGUACAAUUAACGUCUACCUGAGCCCUCCUCCUUCCGCUUUUUUGAAUAUAAGCUGCAUGCGUGACUCAGGGCCAUAUAUUACUCAACAGCCACAACCUGUUUUCCGCUGAUACCAUGGUGUGACCAGCGUACGCAUUAGGGAAAUCAGUAGUUCAGACUUUUUCCAUCCGAGAUAAGUGUGUCCCAUGUGCAACACAACCUGAGCUGAAAAUGGGACAGAGCAAGUCCCAGAACACUUGUUUUAUGUUUGGUACAAACAUGGAAAUAAUCUCUCAGGUAUGGAUUAUUUCAUUAAAUUCCUUUCAGCAGCAAUUGGAGAAGGUUGUUUCACUUGGGCGAAAAAGCCGGGAAAAGAGAUUCUCCACGUGCUCCCAGUUAUCUUCAGGGUGAUGCAAGUACAGCUUUCUUCUACUUAAAGCAACUCCUCUGGAAGCUAUUCUGAAAUACCCUUCUGUAGGGUAGUAUUGGUUUCCUUGGAGAAGCUAUCAACUUGCUACAGUAGAUGCUUUACUAUUUUACCAUUAUCUUUUGGAUCCUUGUUAAUAGGCCUUAAUAUCACAGAAAUAUUUGGUUGGAAGGAAGCCUGGGAAGUCACCUCCAUCCCGCUGCACUAAAGCAGGAUCGGGCCUUGCUUAUUCCAAAGCUUGCGAACUGCUGUGAGAAGCGAUUUGCUCUGUUCACAUGACAAAUCUCAGGGGUAGCCAAGGUCAACAACGUUUCUCCUGAGAUUCAGAGGGUCUCUGUUAUACAAGGUGCUUUCUUUCAGGUAUUCAUUUUGCUCCGCUUGUUUUGUUGCAAUGCCGCAGACACAGUUGAAUUCCACAUAAGCAAGCCGGUGUGUUGAACCAUUUGGUUGUCGGAUGCGGAUAUUUGCAAUGUCAUCAAUAAAUGCUGGUGCAUAAAUAUGUUCU